GAAAAGCAUCUUAAUUAAAGAUGGAAAUCCUGCUCGAUAUCGUCUGAAAACAACAACAGAACAUCUGCAUCAAUCUGAGUCCGAUAGAAAAAUCACCUUUGGAGAAAGAGACACAGAUAAACCUCAUAAAAUCAUACUGAUGGUGGGAGAAACGGGAACUGGAAAAACAACUCUCAUCAAUACUAUGAUCAACUACAGCUGUGGUGUUCAGAGAGAAGACAAAGUUUGGUUUGAGAUCACAGAUGAUCAGAGUAACACAGCAUCAGUUUACAGUCAGACCUCUGAUGUGACUGUCUAUGGUGUUUAUAUAAAAGAGACUUCAGUUGAUUUAACAAUCAUUGAUACACCAGGAUAUGGAGACACUCGUGGAGCUGAUCGUGAUAGAGAGAUCGCUGAGAGUUUAUUACAUUUAUGUACAAUUGAAGAUGUGAUGAAUAAAAUCAUUGCAGUGUGUUUUGUGGUGAAGGCAGAUCAAAAUCGACUCUCUGGCAGACAAGAAUACAUAUUUGAUGCCCUUCAAAAUUCCUUUGGCAAAGAUAUUGCUGAAAACAUUGUGUUACUCCUAACACACUCAAAAGGGUAUCCACCUAAAAAUGCCCUGACAGCCGUCAAAGCAGCUAAAGUCAAGUGUGCUGUAGAUGAAAAGAAGAAUCAGCCGAUCUAUUUUCUGUUUGACAACUGUCAGGGAGAAACAUUUGAUGAAGAUUAUCAAAUAAUCCAGGAUCAAUCAUGGGAUCUCAGUUAUAGAGGAAUGACAGAGUUUUUCAAGUUUCUUGACAUGACACAACCAAAAACUUUGGAAAAAAAUAACUUAGACACAUUGAGUUUAGACAAUCAAUUGUACAACGCUGAUGAACUCAAGACGAAAAGCCACAAAAUUAAAGAUGGAAAUCCUGCCAGAUAUCGUCUAAAAUCAACAAAAGAUAAUCUGGAUCAAUCAAAGUCAUACAGAAAAAUCACCUUUGGAGAAAGAGACACAGAUAAACCUCAUAAAAUCAUACUGAUGGUGGGAGAAACAGGCAGUGGAAAAACAACUCUCAUCAAUACUAUGAUCAACUACAGCUGUGGUGUUCAGAGAGAAGACAAAGUUUGGUUUGAGAUCACAGACGAUCAGACUGACCAACCAUCAGCUCACAGUCAGACAUCUGAUGUGACGGUCUAUGAUGUUUAUAUACAAGGGACUUCAUUUGAUUUAACAAUCAUUGAUACACCAGGAUAUGGACAUACCAGUGAUAUUGCUUUUGAUCAAAAGAUUGUUAAAGAUUUGCUUGGCGUAUAUACAUCUGAAGAUGGGCCUCGUGAAAUCAAUGCAGUGUGUUUAGUGUGUAACUCAUCUUACACUCGCCUUUCUAAAGAACAGCUAAACAUAUUUGAUUCUGUUCAGUCUUUAUUUGGUAAAGAUAUUGCUGAAAACAUUGUGUUACUCCUCACACGCUCAGAUGGAGCUCGUCCUGAGAAUGCCCUGACAACCAUCAAAGAAGCUAAAGUUAAGUGUGCUGUAGAUGAGAAGAAUCAGCCGACCUAUUUUCUGUUUAACAACCGUCAGGCAGAAACAUUUGAUGAACAAUGUCAAUCUAUCCAGGAUCAAGCAUGGGAUCUCAGUUACAAAGGAAUGACAGAGUUUUUCAAGUUUCUUAGCAUGAUGAAACCAAAAACCUUGGAGAUGACUCAAGAUGUUUUGGAGAAACGGCAACAGUUGGAGCCAAACAUCUCCAAACUACAAUCACAUGUCCAAACGAUGAAAGAAAAGCAAAAUGAACUGAAACAAACUCAAGAUGCUCUGGAGAAACACAAUCAACAUGUCAAAGAAAAUAACAACUUUGAGUAUAAAGUUGAAGUGUCCUACAAAGAAAAGGUUGAUAUUGAUCCUGCUGUAGCUAAAAAAGCACUGACCUGUACCAUCUGUAAGGAGAACUGUCACUAUCCUGGAUGCUGGUGGAGCUGUUAUUUCUAUGGAUGUGUGAUGAAAAAUGAUCACUGCUUAGUGUGCACAAAUAAAUGUCACUACAGCAAACACAUCAAAGAAGCCCAAAUAUAUGUAAUAAAGACAAAGACUGAGACAAAAACAAAUGAAGAUUUAAAGAAGAAAUAUGAAGACAAAAUGAAAGACUGUCUGUCUGUGAUCAAUAAGCUGAAGGAAGAACUACAAGAAUUAGAGAAACAGAAAAUCAGGCUGGUGAUGGAAGCCUUUCAUUGUGUGGAGUCUCUGAAGAUCAUCGCACUCAACACUGAAUCUCUGUUCACACUUCUGCACAUUGAUUUUCUCAUUGAGAAGUUGAAGGAAAUCAAUGAACCUGAAAAAGCUGAAGCUUUGAAGAACAUCAAGUAGAGAGCAC